AUGGGCGAAGUCGAAGAUCUCCAGCUUAAGAUCGCCAAGCUUCAACGUGAAAAGCAAGAAGCCCAUGAUGUCAUCUUAGGCCUCCAAAAGGAGAAGGAGGAAAACACGCGCAUGCGAACCAUCAAGAUACCAAAGGACAUACACGACACAUCCUGCUUGCUAACCCUGACCCGCCUUGUCUGGUCUGGCGUCCACUCACUAAUCACACCUAGAUCAAGCGCUAGGUUCAAAGUCCUCGGCAACGACGUCCGGCCGCACCAGCAUCGUCGGCAAGUUUUAUCCGCAAUAGAAGAGCUUCCCAGCGAAUUUCUAGGCUCUGAAAAAUUCCUCAAUGAAGCCAAGACAUCAUACUUUCUGCAUGAGACGCUGCAGAAGCCAACUCAACGAAUUCUCAACGCGUAUCUGCGAGCCAUCAAGUGUCCCAAGAAGCUCUAUUUCGACAAGCGCACCACUCAGCCUGACUGCCUCGUGCUUUGUGCGGACAUCCUCACCAGCGCAGCCGAAUUGGAAGCAGCUGCCGAGACGGAACAGGCAGAGCAAGGCGUCGACUGUUUUGCUGACCAGGGCGACGACGUGGCCGCCGAGCCAGCCAGCACAGUCCACCAUGUCCAUCGCAUCUCCAUCGCCGAGCACAAGGCCGUACAUCGUCUACGCGCCGCGGCCGUUGCACGCUACGCCCGUGGGACAAUUUCCGAAGAUUUUAUCGGCCAGCUGGCCCAGAUUGCACGGUCAGCCACGGCCUCGGCGGCGACGACUACCACGGGUACAGCAGCAGAGCCGCAGGACGCAAACGCCAUAGCGAUGGUACAAGAAGACGCGGUGCGCCAGGCAGAGCGUGGCCCACCUGGGCAGGUCUUCUUUGCGCGAGCCUUGACCCAGGCCUUUCACUAUAUGGUGGCCUCGGGUCUCGAAUACGGCUACAUGGCCACCGGCGAGACGCCCUCCCUCUUACGAGUGCCGAAAGACGACCGGACAACACUCCUGUACCACACCGCUCUUUUUCCUCUGUAUACCCGGCUGCAACUCGGUGCGGAUGGCCAAAUCGCGGCCGAAUCGGACACUACUUUGCCACCCUCGCCAGCACUAACCGGUGCCAAUGUGGACGCCACCCAGCUUGCCGUGUCUCUGCUUACAGCUCUCAGCCUGCUAGCGUUUGAGUCGCAACCAGAGCCGGUGCGCCAACGAAGCAUCAACAUUUCACAGCUAACACGCUUUCCCAAUGCCCCCAAAACGAUUGCCCCUCAACCGACCAGCCGACAGAGCGGUCGCAAGCGGCGAAACGAUGACGAUGAUGAUGGCCGCGGCAGUGAUGAUGGCAAUGACAACGACAGCGCCGUGGGAGACAUGUGCAGCCAGAAACGGUACUACAAACGACAACGGGCAUGUCUUUUAGGCCUCAUGCGGGGCAGCGAGCUGGAUGUCAAGUGUCCCAACCUAAUCCUGCACCGGCAGGCGCUGCAGCGUGAUGGUACGGACCUGCGCACGCGGCCGACGGCACAUGCGAUCACGGCGACUGAGCUGCACGAGCUCGUACGCCUGCAGCUGCUGGCCAACGCCGAGCAGGACUGCCACUGCUUCCUCGAGCAGGGACUGAGCGGUGCCAUCGGCUGUCUCUUCAAGAUCACCAUCACGGGCUACGGCUACACCUUUUCCGCCAAGGGUGUCGAGGAACACUUUAGCGGCCGUCUGCGUCGCGAGGUGCGUGUCUAUGAUGCUCUGGCGCCGCAGCAGGGAAGCUCCCUGCCAGUGUGUCUCGGUCUUGUGGAGCUGCUGCUACCGUGGCCUAUGGCUAACGGUGCGCUGGUCACGCACAUGCUGCUCAUGUCAUACGCCGGACGGCCGCUUUUAACACCGGCCUAA